AGGCCAGCAGACGUACAGAGAAGUCAGCCUCCAGAUCCCAGACGAUGGAAUGUAUGAAAAGCUCCCUUCAGACUCUGCUGGCGGUGGAUUCAGACAUCCUGAAGGCUUGGCUAAAGGAUUUCUGCAAGCGCAAUGGCCUCUUAACACUCUCCGUGCUUUCAGUGGUGGUGGGAUGCUUGCUGGGAUUCUUGUUGAGGGAUAUGAACUUUUCAGACCAGGCCAAAAUCUAUUUCUCCUUUCCUGGGGAGCUUCUUAUGAGGAUGCUGAAAAUGUUGAUACUGCCUCUUAUCACAUCAAGCUUGAUGUCUGGCCUCUCAGCUAUGGACUCCAAGGUCUGUGGAAAGAUGGGUCUGAUCACAAUCACCUACUACCUGUGGACCACCUUCAUGGCCGUGAUUGUGGGGAUAGUCCUGGUCUCGAUCAUCCACCCCGGGGCCGAUGCUAAGACAGACGGGGAGCGAGUCAGCGGAGGGCCUGUCAUCACUUCAGCGGAUGCCUUACUGGAUUUAAUUAGGAAUAUGAUUCCUUCUAAUCUCAUUGAAGCUACAUUCCAGCAGUAUCGAACACAGCUGAUUCCAGUCGUUCAGCCGGUGACCUCCGGGAAAACCCCUGAUUUUGUGUACCUCGUGCCAGACGAGAAGGACCCGACACUCAGCAAGCCUGUGUUCCUGGAGCUCACCCCGGCUCCCAAUGUCAUCUACAAGCCACUGCCGGGGAGCAGCAAGGAGAUGAACGUGCUGGGGAUUGUCAUCUUCUCUGCCACUAUAGGCCUGUUGCUAGGGACGAUGGGGGAAAGAGGGACUCCGAUGGUAAACGUGUGCCAAUGUGUGAACGAGUGCGUCAUGAAGAUUAUUUCAGCUGCAGUCUGGUAUUUUCCCUUGGGGAUCGUAUUCCUGGUGGCUGGAAAGAUCCUUGAGAUGAGAGACCCGUCUCUGAUUGGGAAGAAGCUGGGGAUGUAUGCUGUCACGGUGGUGUCUGGGCUACUCCUCCAUGGCACAGUCAUCCUGCCCCUGCUCUACCUCUUCAUCACAAGGAAGAACCCUAUCCCGUAUGUGCGAGGGCUGCUGCAGGCGCUGGUCAUAGCACUGGCCACCUCCUCAAGCUCUGCCACACUGCCCAUCACCAUGAAGUGUCUUCUGGAGAACAACGGCAUCGACCGCAGGAUUGCCCGCUUCGUCCUGCCCAUGGGCGCCACCAUCAACAUGGACGGCACUGCACUGUAUGAAGCAGUCGCUGCCAUCUUCAUCGCACAAGUGAACGAGUACGAGCUGGACUUCGGACAGCUCAUCACUAUCAGUAUCACAGCAACAGCCGCCAGCAUUGGAGCAGCUGGAAUACCACAAGCAGGCCUUGUUACCAUGGUGAUUGUUCUUACAUCUGUAGGCCUUCCUGCUGAUGACAUCACACUCAUUGUGGCAGCAGACUGGGCCUUAGACUGGUUCAGAACGAUGGUUAAUGUCCUGGGUGAUGCUCUUGCAGCUGGCAUCAUUGCCCACCUCUGUCGGAAGGACCUUUUGCCUUAUAGUGACAAGGAUAUCCUUAUCAGCAAAAUUCAGAACCUCCCGGCUUCAGAGAUCCCACUGCUAGCCAGAAAAGACCGUGUGUUUGAAGUCCUGGGAGACGUAGUAACAGAGAAGCCAGCUGUUUACUACAACAUCGCACAAGUCUGAUCAUUACAGAUGAAAACACAGCUGUUUACAACAUCGCACAAGUCUGAUCAUUACAGAUGAAAACACAGCUGUUUACAACAUCGCACAAGUCUGAUCAUUACAGAUGAAAACACAGCUGUUUACAACAUCGCACAUGAUCAUUACAGAUGAAAACACAGCUGUUUACAACAUCGCACAAGUCUGAUCAUUACAGAUGAAAACACAGCUGUUUACAACAUCGCACAAGUCUGAUCAUUACAGAUGAAAACACAGCUGUUUACAACAUCGCACAAACAUGAUCAUUACAGAUGAAAACACAGCUGUUUACAACAUCACACAAGCCUGAUCAUUACAGAUGAAAACACAGCUGUUUACAACAUCGCACAAACAUGAUCAUUACAGAUGAAAACACAGCUGUUUACAACAUCACACAAGCCUGAUCAUUACAGAUGAAAACACAGCUGUUUACAACAUCGCACAAACAUGAUCAUUACAGAUGAAAACACAGCUGUUUACAACAUCACACAAGUCUGAUCAUUACAGAUGAAAACAGCUGUUUACAACAUCGCACAAACAUGAUCAUUACAGAUGAAAACACAGCUGUUUACAACAUCACACAAGCCUGAUCAUUACAGAUGAAAACAGCUGUUUACAACAUCGCACAAACAUGAUCAUUACAGAUGAAAACACAGCUGUUUACAACAUCGCACAAGUCUGAUCAUUACAGAUGAAAACACAGCUGUUUACAACAUCGCACAAACAUGAUCAUUACAGAUGAAAACAGCUGUUUACAACAUCGCACAAACAUGAUCAUUACAGAUGAAAACAGAGCUGUUUACAACAUCGCACAAGUCUGAUCAUUACAGAUGAAAACACAGCUGUUUACAACAUCGCACAAACAUGAUCAUUACAGAUGAAAACACAGCUGUUUACAACAUCACACAAGCCUGAUCAUUACAGAUGAAAACACAGCUGUUUAUAACAUCGCACAAACAUGAUCAUUACAGAUGAAAACACAGCUGUUUACAACAUCACUCAAGUCUGAUCAUUACAGAUGAAAACAGCUGUUUACAACAUCGCACAAGCCUGAUCAUUACAGAUGAAAACAGCUGUUUACAACAUCGCACAAACAUGAUCAUUACAGAUGAAAACACAGCUGUUUACAACAUCGCACAAGUCUGAUCAUUACAGAUGAAAACACAGCUGUUUACAACAUCGCACAAACAUGAUCAUUACAGAUGAAAACAAAGCUGUUUACAACAUCACACAAGUCUGAUCAUUACAGAUGAAAACAAAGCUGGUUACAACAUUGCACAAGUCUGAUCAUUACAGAUGAAAACAGCUGUUUACAACAUCGCACAAACAUGAUCAUUACAGAUGAAAACACAGCUGUUUACAACAUCGCACAAGUCUGAUCAUUACAGAUGAAAACACAGCUGUUUACAACAUCGCACAAGUCUGAUCAUUACAGAUGAAAACACAGCUGUUUACAACAUCGCACAAGUCUGAUCAUUACAGAUGAAAACACUGACAUGUUUCCUCCAUGUUUUGUGCUUUGACUCACAAGAACCUUUUUCUUCAAAGCCUGUGCUGUUUGCUUCUUAUGCUGCCACUGUAUAAAAACUAAAUGAAGGACUAGAGGUACACCUCACUUCCAGGGGGUCACUGUGCACCCCACUCACUACAGAGACCACUCUCUCUGUCAAGCUCCAUAUUAACACUUCCAAAUAUGUAUUUGUAUCAGUGUGUGUAUUUAUUUAUAUUUAUACAAGAUUGAGUGGUCUAUGUAAGUAAAUCUUUCUGUUUACUGAAUCUGUCUGCCAUUCAUUCUAAAUCAAUGACAGAAUGGCCGGGGGAAUUGCUCUGUUCCAAAUUACAGAGCUUGAUUAAGAAAGUAAAUAUCCCAAUUCAACUGUUUGAUUCAGGUUGAAGCACACUUCUUUUCAUUCAUUGUACUUGUUAUAUAAACAGAA